UACUGUGGAGAGCGUAUGAAAGACAGAUGUAUCUAAUGUCAUGCAUGUGUCAUUGCCGUAUGAAGUCCGUUACGCUGGGAACAAGCAUACCCUGCACCUGACAGGGCCUUGCUCUUUGAUGGCGGGAAGAGGAAGCAGAAGGAUCCAACCCCAGAAGAAUAUCACCUUUGAUGAAAUUUCAGAUUCAUCUCUUUGGAAUAAAUGAAGAAAGUGACUAUGAAAGCACAGCAUCUACCUUCUGUUUCCAUCAAUGAGGAGAAGUUCAUAACCAGAGAGCAGCUCAGUUCUCUUCUGAAGACUUAUAACUCUUACUAUUCCGAUCAAGAAAAUCUGCAACUGUCACAUGAUCAGCGAGAAGGAAGCAAACCAUUUAUUGAAGGAAUCUUGUCAAUAUUUUGGGGAGUCCGACAUCCCAUCCAAUUAAAAAUUCAAGAUGAGAAGCAGAUAGCCUCCUUUGUAACCCUGAAGCCAACCGGGAGUGUGGGUUUGUUCCCUAGUAAAAGGGGAAUGACACGCUGGGGAGAAUUUGAUGACCUACAUCAUAUUAGCGGGGAGACAUUGAAAUCUACUGAGGAAGAGCCAAACCUUGAGAAAAGUUAUUCAUGUUACGAAAGCCGCACUCUGAAGUCCAAGAGCGAGCAGGAACACGAUUGUGCUACCCUGCCCAGGGCCGGCAGCAAUGCUGCGGCGGUGCGGAAGAGGACCAAGUUCCCCAUGAUAGCGAGGACAGAAGUAGAAACUCACAGGUUUUCAAUUAAUGGCCACUUCUACAACUACGAGACAUCGGUUUUUACUCCAGCUUUCGGAUCAGAAACCAAAAUAAGAAUCAACAGCCAGAUGAGAACAAGACAAGUAAUAGAACAAUUGCUUCAAAAGUUUAAGAUAGAAAACAGCCCGCAUGAAUUUGCACUUUAUAUUAUCCAUGCGUCCGGAGAAAAGAAGCAGCUGAGGAGCGGAGACGUUCCCUUACUGCACAGACUCUUGCAGGGGCCCUCGGAGAAGAUUGCCAAGUUUUUUCUCAUGGACAGGGAUGUGGAAGAGAUUAGCAGUGACGUUGCUCAGUAUAUUCAAUUCCAUCUUCCCUUUUUGGAAUCGAUUCUGCACAGAAUAAAUGAAGAAGAACAAAAGGAGAUUCAACAGACAAUUGCAAGGUACCUAAAAGAGAAGAGUAUGAUAUGCCAGCACCUUCAUAGUCGAACUGUUAAAAAAACAGAGACUGCUGUUUGAUGUGAAUGGCCUAUUGCGAAUGCCCCACGCACCGCCUUUGCCAAAGGGAAGUCAGUACGUUUGCUUGAAUGUGCCACGGCUGAAGAGCACUUAAAGCACGGGGGCGUUCAAAGUGCUGAAGUUUCUCUCGAUAGUUAUGCAACCGAAAUGGAACCCACUCCUCUACAGCUCUGGAAUACAAGUUGGGAACCACCUAAGAAGAUGCACUAGAUCCCCCAAAGGACAGAUGCUGAAUCUAGCUUGAAACUUAAGAUAAGGAAAAAAAAUGCCGUGAAAAGCACAAGGCUUUAAAACCUACUAAUUCACAAACCAUUACCAGAAGUCUAGCAUAUAAGAAAAAUAUUGCAAUAACCAAUGUGUUAAUCAUACAGAAAAUAUGAAAAUUAAGUAUAUGGUUUUCCUUCUAGUAGAGAAGUGCUGAAUUAGGAGGAAGCUUUUCAGUAGAGAUAAGUGGCAAAAGGAAUUUAUGUAUCUAAGACUGCAGUUAGGCUUUUCACUUAUCUUAAACAAAACAAAAAAAACCUGUGCAAGAGACACCUGAAAUCCCAGUGGCUUCAGAUUGGUAGAUGCCUAACUUGAUUAAGCUUUGAGCUACAGUUAGAAAACUAUAAAUGGAAACCCUCUCACUUAAUAGCUACUCAGCUCUUAAACACAAGAGGGAAUUUAUCUCUGAAAUAUCUCUUGAACUGCGAAGUAAGAACUCUCACUAAAUACUGUUGCAUCUGCUUGAUUGGGUCCUGGAAGGCACCUCAGCGUUUCUUCUUGUUGUUGUUGAAACAAGUGAUUCCGUGUUACUUGCUGUGUUUCAUAUUUGAAGAUGGAAAUGAGAAGUGUUCGGGGAGAGAGGCUGAAGAUCACAGCCGUGAUAGGGUUGGGUUGGCAGCCGUCCCACAGAUGCAGUUCUGGUACAGGCUGGCCCCAGCGCAGGGUACAGUAGCCAGCUAUCGAGUCCUUUCUGGUUGAGUCGUGCUGAAUAUUAAAGCUCAAAUUGUAGAGAUGUAAAUAAAAUACAAUUGGUGCAC